AUGACAUGUAUAGCACCUAGUUUCAAUGAAAUAAUGACUAAUCCGCUUCCCGGUCCAUUUCCUUGGGUGCCUUUUUUAGGAAAUGCUCUAGAUUUGUUUAGAUAUAAGUUAAAUACUGCAGAGUACUUUAAAGAAAUUCAAUUGAAAUAUGGUGAUUUUUAUGAAAUUCACCUUGGUUUUCAACGAAUUCUCGUAAUUUCAAAUAGUGAUGUGGCAUAUCCAAUUCACUCCUCUUCAGUGGCUCAUAAUCAAAAAUUCUUAUAUCGUGACAUACCAAAUUCUGGAUGGAAGGAUUUGGAAAUGGAAGAUUGCGGAAUAGUUGCUAAUAGAAAUUUGGAAGGAUGGAAAAUCAAUCGUGAAUUCUUCAUAAAAAUGGCAAUGUCAAAAAAAUUUUUAAAAAUGAUUACCGAAAAAACAUAUGAAAAGGCUACAGAUAUGUUUAAAUUAUGGGAUAUAAUGAUAAGUGACAAACGAGAUGUUGAUUUGUCUAAAUGGCUAGAAAAGUUUGCUGGAGAUAUAGCAGUCUCAACAUCAACUGGACUAUCUACUUACUCAAUGAUUUCUUAUUUCAAUUUACUGGGAUAUGAAUAUAAUCUCGAUGAUAUCCCAAUUUCAGAACGAGAACAAUCUUCGAAAUUGAUUUCUCUUAUUAAUUCAUUUUUUACAUCAGCACAAUGGGUCACUUUAAUUCCAUCUUUUAUAAGACGCGCUCCUGGCAUAAGCUACUUUAACAACAAGGCUUUAAGCAGUACAAAGCAGUUGAAAGACUUUUUAGCAGAAUUAAUUCAAAGAAGACGCGCAGAAAUCAAUUUAUUAUCCAACUAUGCUUUACUGCCGUCUGACUUUUUAACAUUGCUCCUUACCGCAAACACGCCACGAGAUCUAGAACAUACUUCAUAUAAGUCAUUAAACCGACCGUUAAAUGAUCAUGAAAUUUUUGGUGUUAUUCGAGAUAUUUUCCUGGGUUCUUUUGAAACG